AUGACGAGACGCUCGCAGUUUGCAGAUGCGCCUCUUGCGUGGCAUCAGGCGCAGGAACACCUGCGCUUCGACUUCGUGCGGGGCGUAGUCGACGAACGUCACAAGGAAGCGUUCCAAAGACGGGCCCAGCCCAGCAGGGCAGCGCAAGCGCCGAAGGCGCUGUUACCCUUCACUUCGUUUGCCGUAAUCACAGCUGUUAUGCUAUUUAUCUACAUGUGCAGUUUGUCUAUCCGGAAGAGGAGAUAUGCAUGGUCUUUAUGGCGUAGACUUGCGAGCAGCAGAGAAGGCGAAGAGGGUAACGAAUCCGACUGGUGCAGUCUAGAAGCGAGUUCAGAGGACUCUUCAGAUUCCUCUGAACUCCGUGCAGAGGGAUUAGAGCCGGUGUUUGGGGGUCAAUUUGAACACGCCAAAUCAGAAACUGAGGCAUCUACGUCUCCCACAGUGGGAAGUGUAGCACCCUACAAGGGCCAGGUUUCGCGGUGGGCGACAACGCAACUAGACACAGACGGAGUGACAGGAGGCGUCAAAAGAAAGAGGAGAGGAGCGUUAGGCACGGAAAAAUCGGCCAAGUACUUCAAGGUUAGGGAACCGCGUGAGGAGAGUCCACCAUUGCCCCAACCCCCUCUUGACCCGGAACUCGAUUCACUUAUUGACACUGUGCUGUUUCGAGAGGAGGUCGUGCUGCACGAAUCAUUUUGGCUCUCGGAUGAGAAGGGAGAAAGUGAAGCCCUGGAGGCACUGUCAGGUGAUCUUGAAGACCCCUUUUGGCUCUCGGAUGAGAAGGGAGAAAGUGAAGCCCUGGAGGCACUGUCAGGUAAUCUUGAAGACCCUGAGGAGGAUGCUGGGGGCGCCCAAGGGUUGCCUGCUGACGCUUCAGCACUCGAAGCGGCUCCAGGGGCGUCUUCAAGCACUGCUGGCCUAAAACGAGGUCCAACGUCAGGGGGGAGUGAGUCUGACCCUUUAGAUUUCUUCCACGCAGUGUUGUCAGAAAACAGGCCUGCGUCUUCCCCCGACGACUGGGUAUUUGACGAUGACGAAUUCCCGUUGGGAGAGCCAGUUGAUACGGACCCUGGUCCACCAAAACUGACGCCUACUACUAGUGGUCCCGAUAUCCGCGAAUCUAUUACAGUGAGAGGGAAGUACCAGCAAACCUCGUAUGCACACCCACCACGACCAGCGGAUCUUGGAGCGCCUUCCACCUCUGGCUGA